AUGUCUCAGUUACCAGUAGUUAGUAUUGUUGCAUGCUUACUUCCUGAGUUUGGAAUCGGUCUUCAAGGUACUCUACCUUGGAGGUUGGCCAAAGAAAUGAAAUUCUUCAGACAGGUUACUUCAAGUACUUUUGAUUCAGGUAAACAAAAUGCAGUUAUUAUGGGUAGAAAGACAUGGGAAUCUAUUCCUGCCAAAUUCAGACCAUUGCCAAACAGAACCAACGUUGUUAUUUCAAGAAGCUUUACUGCAGAUCUGGUUCUUUCUGAUGAUAAUUCUUAUCUAAAAUGUAACUCAUUAUAUGAUUCAAUUGAAAAAUUGAAUUCUUCCUAUAAGGACAAGAUCGAACGUGUGUAUAUAAUCGGUGGUGGUGAAAUAUAUAAAGAAAGCCUGAACUUAUGUGAUUACUGGUUAAUUACAAAAAUUGUACCCUUAGAGACAGGAUCUGAUGAUGAUGUCCCACCACCAAAAGUUGAUACUUUUUUGGAUAGCAAAACACUGUCUGAAAAUUAUAUAGAAGAUAAAAAUGUUGAUUUAGGAACAUUUUUACCUUCUCAAGUCGAAUUACCUGACAAAGAGAGUCCAUGUAAAAAUUCCAGCGUACCUUUAAAAUAUGCCCAACAAGAGAGAGGAUUAGAGUUUGGAUAUUCUCUCUGGAGGAAAAAAUGA